GUCCUUGUGUGGCCUGUUGUAUUCCGCCCUUGCUCCCUAUGGUGCUUUGGUGUUUCCUCAUGCUCUGCCUUAUUAGCCUCUCCUGAGAAAGUUACUUCUAACCCCCAUUUCUUUGAUCCGAUUUCCACUCCUAUUGUCUUGCAUGUUGUUACUAGUUCGCUGUAAUGGAGACUUAAGGGUUAUUCCCUAUUUGUGGCCCCUUGGCUCCCAUUUAUCAGUUUUGUUUGAUUCUCCAAUUUUACGUUAUCGCUGUGCUUGUUUUUUGCCUUGUCUUGUUCCAGCUCCCCUCUGUCUCUGUCCUGCAGCAUGGUUUGCGUGCUUUCCCAUAUCAUGUUUCAUUUUCAGUGCUACAGCUUCCAGUGUUGUGCUCCAAGCUAUUAUGACAGAACUUGCAUUGCUUGAAAACUGUAUUGAGCCAUUGUCAUUGUUCACUAUUUCUUUUCCUUUGUAUGUGACUUAUUUCACCACCAGCUUGUUUAAAAAUGCUGUUAUUCAUUAUCCUUUACUGAGAUGUUUCUCUAAUCUUUUAUUAGCCUUCCCUAGCUUUAGUUUAUUAUACACAGUUUUUCUCUGUGAUGCUUACUUUUAUUCUGAAAGAACAGAUAAGCUAUUUAUUUGUCACAGCAAGUUUCUAGUAGCAGGCAAAAUGUUCAACUACUUUAACCAUAUGUUUGCAUAGUGGAGAGAUAAGAUAUAGAAGCACACCUAGCAGCAUACUUUCAAGGAAAGUUGAACGUCUGCUUGUCUGACAAAUCAGUAGAUUCUAGUGACUGUGUUAAAGCUACAGUAGAAAUAUUAAUUACAGUACUGUAGUUCAUUAUAACUAAGUGAUUUGUGGAUUUUUUCCAUACUUCUGUGUUACUGAUGGGGAGCUUAGCCUCAUGUAUGAUGAUUAUACAACUUGCAAACUCAACUUGGCAAAACGCUUGUGGAAGAAUAUAGAUAAUGCUGUGGCUGGCCCUAGUAGUAUAUAUUUGUGAGUAUAGUAUUGAAAAUUCAAGUUGAGGAUAAUAAUGUAAUGCACUGUAUUUUUUUUUCCAUUAUACUUUCUGCCUUUUUAAAUAGUUAAAAACUAAAAUAUUGCUUUUAGGGCAGUUGCAGCAAAAAAAAAAAAAAAAAGGGGAAGAGUUAUGAGAGGGAAUGGUGUUUGAGAUCACAUCCAUGAUGUGUGUUAAAGCUUUUAUGAAAAUACAGAGAAGUCUUUAGGAGGGUUUUAAUAAGAAUGCCUAAAUCAAAGGAACUUGUGUCUUCAAGCUCAUCUGCAAGUGAUUCUGAUAGUGAAAUUGACAAAAAGGCGAAGCGGAAAAAGCAAGCUGUUCCAGAAAAGCCUCUAAAGAAACAAAAGAUGGGUGAAAGUUCAAAAGGUGCUGCUGCUUCUAAGCAAAGCAGUAACAGAGAUGAGAAUAUGUUUCAGAUUGGCAAAAUGAGAUAUGUCAGUGUUCGUGACUUUAAAGGGAAAGUUUUAAUUGAUAUUAGAGAAUAUUGGAUGGAUCAAGAAGGUGAAAUGAAGCCUGGCAGGAAAGGUAUUUCUUUAAAUCCAGAACAGUGGAACCAGCUGAAGGAACAGAUUUCUGAUAUUGAUGAUGCAGUAAGAAAACUGUAAAGACAGCCAUACAAAAUUCUCUGUCAUUUUAGUUGUUUUAAGUGGUCUUUUUACACUGGCAUUUGUUUUCUAAGUUAUUGUAUAUUUUCAUUGCAAAGCAAUUUGUAAGAUAAUUUUUUUUUUUUUUUUAGUGCAUUAAAAGUGUAUUCUAAGUGAGGCUAUUUGUGUAUACUUUACUAAAAGGAGAUGUUGCUUAUACCUUAUGAUCUAAAACAAAUAGAGUAAUAUGUAAAGCAUAGCUUUUUAUGGCCUUUUGAUUAAAGAUAUUUGCUGAUAAGACCACCUAAUAGCUUCAGGCUUUGUUUCAUUUGAGUUAAUAGUUUGCUUGCUAUGGAGAUUCUUAAUGUCUUCACUUAUUUUUUUUUUCUUUUGUUUUAAUAUCCUUUAGUAUUGCUCUCAGCUUUCUGCUUUAAAACUUAAUACAAACAGUGAAUAUUUGAUAAUGCCUAUUUCUGUAGAUAACUUUAAAUACUCUAUUUGCAAACUUACCUUAUGUAUUCAGAUGAAACAGUUCUGAGUAUAUAGACUUGUUUGCGUUAUUUGCAUGAAGUGUUAUGCUAAGCAAUAACACUUGAACAUCAUCCGCACAUUAUCUGUCCCCAUUUUUCUAUAGCUUGCUUGAGUUAGAAAGUACAGUUAGCCUUUAUUCAUGAACCUGAUAUUUUUUAGAACGUGAUGCAUAAACUUUUACAGUAAUAAGUAUGUACCUCAGAGUAAUACUAUUUGAAAGCUCCAAACUUGGUUAUAGGUUUUGGUACUCUUUUCAACCUUUGCAUUAAAUUUGUUCUUGAAUACACUCUCUGGUUUUUCUAUAGGAGAAAAAAAGGACAGUUAACCUGCCUUUGUAGGGCUCUUGUUUGAGAGUAUUGUGCAAAUAACAGUGCUUAAACUAGGCUGUAGCACAGGUUAAACAGUCAUACAGGAUUAUAAUUGCUUCAGCCAAAGCAUCAGACUGUCAUACUUUUGUCCUGGCCAAGCCAUGUAACUUGCCUUGCUUGGUUUACUUGUGCACAGCUUUCUAUUUUUUUGUAUAGAAGGUACUCGAUGCUUACAAUGGAGUGAUGAUACAUAGUAGUUCUGUGACUCUAGUAAACUUCACUUGUCUACCAGUGUACUAUUCUGGUAAGAGAAGCUUAUGUCCAGCGGAAGUUUUAUUAGACUAGAUGUUGCCUCAGAUGAAGGGAAUCUUGGUAGGUGUCACGAGGCGUGGAACGAAGGAGGUAGAAUGAGAUACUCAAGUAGAACCUGGAGAUGUAAUGGGCACUCCAGUAGAAAAAAUAAUGUAGAAAGCUCAGAGUUAGCUGGCGCAUAACUACAGUGAAGAAACUUAAUGUUAGUGGAAUUGGAGAAGAGGUUUUUUUUUGUUUGUUUGUUUGGGUUUUUUUACUUCAGUUAAUAGAAGGAACAUGAUGAAACAACAUGGAAAUUGACAUUUCAAGACUAUGUAGUGAAUGUACAUUUCAUUGCUUCAGCUGUGAUCGUCCCAUUUGAUGGUAAAUGUAAAGAAUCUUUAAAUUUUUGUAUGGAUAAACAGGAUUUGCUAUUUGUUUAAUUCUGGGAUAUCUUAAUAUAAUUGCUUAUAUUGCAGAUAUGCAUGGCAGUUCUGUUCUGCUGAGUGUCAUAUAUAGACUGUUCCUGUGCUGCAGUUCAUAAUUCAGUACAAAUGGGUACAUGAAGGGUGAGGAAGGUGACAUCAUGAAAUUAAACUAACUGAAAUAUUACAUGAGAGAGUUCCUUCUGCUUUUUAACUUACCUAUUGUUGAGAUAGUUCAAAGUUAAGUCUGAUUUUGUAUAGCUCAGGAAAUCUUGAGUUUUUAAGAACUAUACAAGGGUAAAUAAAAAGGUGAAGAGAUAUGUUGUGGUAGCAGCUGCAUUUCAGGGCACAACUUUCUUUAACAACUAGUAGCAUGUAAGAACACCUGGACCAAAUAGAACAAGUAUGAAAUCUGCUAAAAUUAGUGAAUGAAAUUUCUUUAAAUCAUUGUUGACAGGUUCUAUGUCAUUGAUUUGCAAUAUAUAUUUGCAAAUUUUCCCUAUAAAUCAGAAUUUUUGUGACUAGAUUUUAUAUUUUUACUUCAAAACUUUGUGUGGCUACUUUAAAGUACAUGGUUAUCAUAAUAGAAGGAACAUUAUCUUCAGAUUACUGUGGUAAUAAGUCAUUGGACAGCAGUUGUGUAUCAGAGUUGCAUCAUCAUUGUGUUUAGGAAAGUGGAGAAUUAAAUUCAGUCAUUUGGGUGGAGUAGGUGGAAAAAGUUAAUAUAGUGAUUAGUUCAGUUGUGGUAAUUGAUAGAAAUGUUCAGAUAAACUAGUAUUUGUUAACCAAGAGCUAAUUGUUUUUCUAGAUAGUCUCCUUACUGAAUUUGUGGACAUAAUUACUGGAGCUGUUUAUCCCAUUUUUACUUGUUAAACUUUGGGACAAUUUGAUUUUACUUUGUGUGUUGAAAAAGCUUUAUAUCUGCCAGUUAUAUUUCUGACUGCAGUACUGAUUUAAAAUAUAUAUGAGAGCUGCUCCAAAAGUAACAUUUCCUAUUUGAUUAUGUUGGCCCAUGAUGUCAGAGGUAGAUGUUGGUGGUAUGGCAGUAGAGAUUGAACUUUCCUGCCAGUAUUCCAUUACAUUUUGUUGCUGUGCAACAGAUGGCAGCAGAGGGGCAGUCUGACAAAAUGGUGCCUGACAUGGAAGUGCUUAUGGAGCAAAGGUGCGUCAUUCAAUUCCCCCAUGCAGAAAAAAAUUGUAUCCAUUGACAUUCAUAGAUGCUGGUUGAAUGUUUAUGGAGACCAAACAGUGGAUGUAAGCACAGCAAGGCUGUGGGUGGUAUGUUCCAGCAGUGGUGAUGGUGGGUCGUCUCUGUUGAGUUGGUGCAGAUUUUGAGCACAGCAUGCAGGCUCUUAUUCAUUACUGGUGAAAAUGCAUGCGUAACGGUAGAAAAAUAGUGCUUUGUAGCUGACAAUUUGCUCUACCAAUUAGUGUUAUUGUACUCUUUGUAUCUGUUGUAGUUUCUAUGGGAAUAAAUAGGAAGCAUUACUUUCAGAGCAACCUACUUAUUGUUUUAUCUGGCCUUAACAUCUCAAUGGAUGUAAUAACAAAAAAUAACUAAACCAGACAGUUUCACAAAUAAAAUUGAAAAUGAAUUGUGAGGGAGUUCUAUGUACCUCAGAUGACUUUGCUGGGUAGUUGAUAUUAAUUUUACACAUUCAAUGUUACUUUGAAAUGAAUAGCUGUGAUUUGUUAUGUGUCUUUGGCUGUAGAUCCUCUAAUUCAAGAAGAAAAUUCAAAUUUUUUUGAUACAGCUUUUCUUGCAGACAAAAUGGUACUUAGAGUACACGUGGAAGUGUCCAUGGAAGAAAAUUGUGAAAAGACUGCAGUAUGAGAUAAAAGUAAGCACUGCUCCCUUUCCAACUCAAGUUGCAAAAGUAAGAUGCAUUUGGUUCUUGAUAUUUAUACAGGGCAUAUUAGCAAUGUUUUAUAAAUUAUACGUAUGGUGGAACAUAGGAGGAAAAAUAAAUCUGAAUUCUUAAAGUACAUUGUGUAUUAAUUCAACUAUUGUGUAUGAUGUUACUCUUAUGUAGAAAUGUUCAUACUGAAAUGCAGUACUGAGUUUGAUAUUUCUGUUAAAGGAAAUACCCAGUUACGUACUUGUGAUCUGUUAGCAAAAAAAAUAUUGAUAACUAAUUUUGAUAACUCAAAUGUCAUACUGUUAAUCAUGUGGAAUGUUUAAUGUUCUGGUAGUAUCUACUGCAGAGAGACCACUAAAGAUAUGAGCCCUCCAACUGUAUCUGGUGUGUGUUUUUUUUGUUUUUUUUUUUUUUAAACUAGCUAAAUGGCAUAUGUGUAAUAACAAUUUGAGUACCUGGAAAUAAAUGAAGACUUCUGUUGA